AUGGUUAAAAUGUCAUCUAUUUGGAAUUUUGAAUUGAUAAUGUUAGUAAAUGGUUGUGUCAUGCUUGCUUCAGGAGAUAAUCUAACCCUAAUCCACUAUGCCACUGACCUCAUUACCCCAAUCAGCCAAUCUCCCCUUUCUUCCCCCUUCACCUACCAAGGCUACCAUUGCCAUCGCCCACCAAGCUCCAGAUUCCAGAAACCACCGAGCCACAGUAGCCGCGACCACCACCGCGUUGAGCCCGCCUCCUCGUCGCCGAACGUCGCCGAGCUCGCCGAGCCCGACUCCUCAUUCGCCGCACCUGAAACUUCUCCUUCUCCUUCUUCUGCUGCUUCUACAUCACCAACAACUCAAAGUUCACAACUUCCUCCUCCUUCACCACCACCAACAACGAGUGGUGCUGCUAUUCGUUCUUCAACGAAAAAGAGGCCUCUCGAAUCUGAUUCUUUUUCCAACUACUACAAGAUUCGCGCACUUAUUCCAGACCUUCGCCCCCAUUUCAUCCAGGUUCUACGAACUCCCGAUUACAAAAGUAGCAAAGAAUCCCGAGAAAUUCGAGAACAAUUGAAGAUUGUUGUGAAGUUAUAUGAGGAUAUGAAAGCAGAAGCAGUUUCGUUGGCAAAGUAUAAGCAAGAUGGCCAAAACUUGGAUCACAAAACACAGCAAGAGCAGCAGCCUCAACAUAUGAAGUCUCCAGAGCAGAUUCAAGUUGAGAAAUCAUUCACCUCAAGGGCAUCAUCUGAAAUUAAGGUUAUGGCAUUGGCUGAAGGUCAAGGGACAUAUGUAGUUGGUGGAUCGGCAUUUGGCUGGAAUUUCAUCACCUUUUCAGGGGAGGAAGCUGUCUAUUAUGGUAGGACAAAGGAACAAUUUCGAUCGACACAAGUGAGGACUCAGCCAGGGCUUAACAGAGUAGUUUCAUUUAUUGAUAGAGGGUGCUGAAAAUCCUCAUCCAUAAGUAUAGAAGAAGUUUACAUAGAACAUUUAUAUCAUUUAGUUUUCUAAUACUUUGUUGCAAUUGACAUCUAAAAUUUUUCAAGAGGCAUAGCACAUGUGCUGUAACAUUGUUUUUUCCUAAGUUGGA